UUUCGUUCUCGAUCUAGCCUGACACAUGUGCUUUAAUCGGACUUAAAAUACUGUGCGAGCUGUGUUUAGUACAAUGUAAUAUAUGUAUCGUGAUAAUGUCAAGUACUUCCACGUAUUCUCUUGACACUUACGUCACAUUGCGUGAAUGAUCCAUUGAUGUGAGUGUAGUUUAGGGAAAAGCACAAAUCACUAAAAUAUAAUAGAGAAGCAACAACGUCAUGUCUGCUAACGACAAGAAGAUGCGAGUGGCCACACACGACAAGCCUGCAGGUGUCGAGUUCGCCAUCGGCGCCACGGCGGCCGUCGGCGCCGGCUUCUUCACCAACCCCAUCGACGUGGUGAAGAUCCGACUGCAGCUGCAGGGCGAGCUCGAGGCUCGGGGCACCUACACUCGAGCCUAUCGCAACACCUUCCACGCGGCCUAUCAGAUAGCCCGCCACGAGGGCCUCCUCGCCCUGCAGUCGGGCCUGGUGACAGCUCUCGGUUUCCAGGUCGUGCUCAACGGCACCAGACUGGGUUCCUACAAUCUGGCCAAGAGGUACGAGCUGAUAGUCAACGAGGCGGGCGACACCAACGUCUUCAAAACGGCGACGAUCUCCGGUAUCGCCGGCUGCGUCGGAGCCGUACUGGGCAGCCCUCUGUACCUGGUGAAAACUCAAUUGCAAUCGCAAUCGGCCAAGAGCAUAGCCGUGGGCCAUCAACACAAUCACAGCGGCACUAUGUCGGCCUUUCGAACGCUCUGGCGGGAGGGUGGAGUGAAGGCUUUGUACAGAGGAUGGUACGCUAACAUACCGAGGGUCUUUGUUGGAUCGGCCACUCAGCUCACGACUUUCGGUCUCUUUUCCGAUUGGCUUCGACCCAUGGAAAUGUUCACCGACAAGCCGAUCUUUUUGACGUUUGUCGCAUCGUUGAUGGGUGGAAGUUGCGUUGCGUUGACCAUGCAACCCUUCGACGUUGUAGCUACUCGUUUGUACAAUCAAGGUACUGAUGCAAAAGGUCGUGGCUCACUGUACAAUGGACUAUUCGACGCGCUUUACAAGAUAUUCCGCACAGAGGGAGUCUUCGGUCUUUACAAGGGCGUCUUUCCAACCUGGAUGAGAAUAACUCCACAUACAGUUCUGUGUUUGGUGUUUUACGAAAAAAUAGCUCGAUUUUUGGGUGACUCGGAUCCGACAGCAGCCCCGACGAUGGAGCUCGCCAUAGGAGCCGUGGCCGCUCUCUGCGCUGGUUUCUUCACCAACCCCAUCGACGUGGUCAAGAUCCGACUUCAAUUGCAGGGCGAACUCGAGGCUCGGGGCUCCUAUCGGCGCAUCUACCGCAACACCUUCCACGCGGCCUACCUCAUCGCCAAGCACGAGGGGGUCUUCGCGCUUCAAGCCGGCUUAGCUCCGGCGCUGGGCUUCCAAAUGGUCCUCAAUGGCAUUCGCAUAGGCGGCUACAAUUUGGCCAAGAACAACGAGCUGACGCUCAACGAGGCCGGCCAAGUCGACGUGCUGAGGUCCCUGCUGGUCUCGGGCGGCACCGGAUGCAUCGGCUCGGCGAUCGGCAGUCCCCUCUACCUGGUCAAGACGCAGCUGCAGUCGCAGGCCCCGAGCAGCAUAGCCGUCGGUACUCAGCACAAUCACGCGAGCACAAUGGCAGCCUUCAGGGAGCUGUGGAGGCAGGGCGGCCUCAAAGGCAUCUACAGAGGCUGGCACGUGGGUGUGCCGAGGAUAUCCGUCGGCUCGGCUACGCAGCUCACCACCUACAGCGUCGUUGCCGAUCAUCUCAAGACUUAUCAGAUAUUCCACGACAAACCCAUGUGGUUGACAUUUUUUGCAUCGCUCGUCGGCGGUACCUGCGUCGCUGUCACGAUGCAACCUUUCGAUGUCGUAGCCACACGAGUUUACAAUCAAAGAACUGAUGCGGCAGGAAAAGGUGUGCUUUACACCGGUCUUUUUGAUGCAUUUUAUAAAAUUCUCAAAACGGAGGGUAUUACUGGACUGUACAAAGGAGUUUUUCCCACCUGGCUGAGAAUUGCUCCACAUACUGUGCUAUGUCUCGUUUUUUACGAGAAAUUCGAUCAGUUUUUUAGUGAAAAUUUUAGAUAAAACGUUGAUCGUCAUGGUACGCCGUAC